CCAAAAUGUCGUUUCCCAACAGCUCUCCAGCUGCCAAUACUUUUUUAGUAGAUUCCUUGAUCAGUGCCUGUAGGAGUGACAGUUUUUAUUCUAGCAGCGCCAGCAUGUAUAUGCCAACACCUAACACAGACAUGGGGACUUAUGGAAUGCAAACCUGUGGACUGCUACCGUCUCUGGCCAAAAGAGAAGUUAAUCACCAAAAUAUGGGUAUGAAUGUACAUCCUUAUAUACCUCAAGUAGACAGUUGGACAGAUGCGAACAGGUCCUGCCGAAUAGAGCAACCUGUUACACAGCAAGUACCCACUUGCUCCUUCACCACCAACAUUAAGGAAGAAACCAAUUGCUGCAUGUAUUCCGAUAAGCGAACCAAACUCGUUCCUUCCGACGUCCCUUCCUACCAGAGGUUGGUCUCUGAAUCAUGCCCCAUUGAAAAUCCCGAGGUUCCCGUCCCCGGAUAUUUCAGACUGAGCCAGACCUACGCAGCUGGGAGAACCCCAGAGUGCAAUAACAGUCCUGAAACGAGUUCAACUGUAAUGUUACAGUUAAACCCUCGCGGCACUGCCAAACCGCAGCUGUCUGCUGCCCAACUUCAGCUGGAAAAGAAAAUGAAUGAAAACGCGAGCAACCAAGACACGGCUAAAGUCUCUCGAGGGGAAAGUCCAGAACCCAAGUCCACUUUGCAAGAGGAAAGGAGCUGCCUGGCCGAAGGAUCCGUGUCCAGCCCAGAAGUGCAGGAGAAGGAGAGUAAAGAGGAAAUCAAGUCCGAUACUCCAACCAGCAAUUGGUUAACUGCAAAGAGUGGCAGAAAGAAGAGGUGUCCUUAUACUAAGCAUCAAACACUGGAAUUAGAAAAAGAGUUCUUAUUCAAUAUGUACCUCACUCGCGAGCGCCGCCUAGAGAUCAGUAAGAGUGUAAACCUCACUGACAGGCAGGUCAAGAUUUGGUUUCAAAACCGCAGAAUGAAGCUUAAGAAGAUGAGCAGGGAGAACCGAAUCCGAGAACUGACCGCUAAUCUGACCUUCUCUUAAACCGUAAAGCGGGGGAGGAAACAGUGAAAAUAUUCGGCACAACGUUACCGGGUGCUAAAUGCA